GUGUGUCGUGAUGUGAUUGCUGCUGGAGGGAGCUGAUCGGAGAGCAUGGGAAACCAGGACCUGAAUGCAGUGACCUAUGAUGAUGUGCAUGUUGACUUCACUUGGGAAGAGUGGACCUUGCUGGAUCCAUCCCAGAAGUCUCUCUACAGAGAUGUGAUGCUGGAGACCUACAGUAACCUCACAGCUAUAGGAUACAGUUGGGAAGACCAUAAUAUUGAAAAACACCAUCAAAAUUCUAGAAGACAUGAAAGGUAUAUCUUAUGUCACUCUGGAUACAAGCCAUAUGAGCAUAGGGAUAAGGAAAGACAUAACAUACUUCUCUCUGAGGACAAUUAG